AUGGCUGAACCCCCCGCCAAACGAGCUCGGCGCGUCGACAGCAGUACUAUGUGGGAGAAAAAUGACUCUCACACUGUCUCCGCGGAGCAAGACUCAGAUCAUGGCCGCCGACGCUCACCACAUCCCCGAGACGACCGACGCGACGGCCCUCGUGAAGACCGCCGUUAUCGCUCGCGUUCCCGAGAUCGUAACGACAGAAGGCGAGAAAGGAGCUGGUCUCGAGAUCGCCGCGACCGAGACCGGAGAGAUCGAGACAGAGAUGGACGCGGAGCUCGAGACCGCAUGAGGAGUGCUAGCAGAGAACGUGGGCACGAUCGACGAGGUUAUGCCGGUAAGGGCGACAAGUUCCGUGACCGCUCACGAUCACCCGGCCGGAAUGGUACGAAACCCCGAUCCUCUCGAUCUCCACCCCCUCGAGGACCUAAAGGUGACCGCCGCCCUGAUCGCAAAGAUCCGCGAUCUCGGGAUGAUGGACGAACGGCAAACGGCUUAGCCAGUGCCAGCCGUCAUGCAGAGGAAAUGGAUGUGGAUUUCAAGGAAGAUGCCGACGAGGAUGAGAUGGAGGCGAUGAUGCGAAAGAGCAUGGGUUUCACCAAAUUCAGAACCACCAAAAACACCAAGGUUCCUGGAAAUGAUAUCUACGGUGUGCGCAAGGAGAAGAAGAGCGAGUACCGCCAGUAUAUGAACCGUACAGGCGGUUUCAAUCGGCCGCUCAGUCCGUCGAGGUGA